AUGAGGCGGUCGCUCGACUUGGCCUCCAUGCUGUCCAACGACGACCUCGCGGACUAUGAUGUUAUCUCGGAUGGUCCUCGAUCGCUCGAGUCGAGCAUUGCAGACCUCGGUCACGUGGAUAGGAUCGGAUCGGUACGCGAACCAGAGCCCUUGCAGGCGGCGAAGGACAAGUUCGACACGGUCGGGCUAAGUGCCGAGGACAUCCAGGCGUAUAUCCAGAAAUCUGUCCCUUCGUCUGAAAACAUAUGGCGAACCGUGGAUGAGGAACAGCGGAUAAUCAGAGUAUAUGUGGACGGCGCAUUCGAUCCAUUCCUCCCUAGACACGCACUGCAGCUGCGGCAGGCCAAGCUGUCCUUUCCAUCCGUGUAUCUCAUAGUGGGCGUCUUCGCGGACGAACUUUGCGCCCGGCACGAGUCAGCGACUUACGCACGGCAUGUGGACAGGUGCGAGCUGUUGCGGCACUGCCGGUGGGUGGACGAAAUAAUUCCGGAUGCGCCGUGGACAUUAGACGAGCAGUUUCUGCGCUCGCAUCGCAUAGACUACGUCGCAAUUGACGAGGGGUCGUCGGUUGACCCUGCUUUCGAUAAGGAGAGGUUAAGGGGCUACGAUCUCGUGAAAAGUCUCCGCGUAGCUAUCCCUACCAGGAGAACAAACGUUAUGAUGCCGGCGGAACCGCCCCGAAGCCCAUCUCCCGUCGGACGAUCCGCGAAAGACACGAUCAAAUGUGCACCGCCUUCACUGAAAGCCGCAGAUCCAGAUCCCGGGAGCAAGGAGGACGACGCGGAAACCCCUUUCGAAGAGCCAAAGUUGGACGAGUUCGGGGCGGGAGCUGGCAUCUGA